GUUUUUGUUUCACGCUCUAACAGUUAAUAAACAGAAUUAUGUGCGUUUUGCAGUGCUACUUCUCUCCGUUUAUGACUAUGGACGAGUCACCAAGGUCCUGUGCUACUCCACGGCGGCGGCCGAAAAUAAACACUUAUUAUAGGUGUACCAUGGUGAUUCAGGAUACUGACUCCAGUACUCACCGAUAUGGUUUCGGAUUCGGAACAACUCUAGACUAUUUUAUGCCUCAAGUAAUCAUCAUGACAAGACCAGAAUUAUCAUGGCCACUGGUUCAACAGGACAUAAGGAAGAUCUACACCAGUAAGAAGUUCAAAGAGAAGGAAAUGCCUCCAUUUGAAAGAAUGCAGAAUGAGAAUAGCCCAGGAGGAGAAGGAGGAGGAGGAGGAGCCCCCAACUGAUGCUUUAUAACUGGCACUUCGCAGAGCUGCAGUAGAUCUGUACAGCCAUAAACCAAAUAAUUGUAUAAAAUGGGACAAGGACAAUCAGCUCCACCUCCACGUCCACAUACACCUUCACCUCCACCUCCCAAACUUGAAUUUGAUACACCAUGGAGGAUAAUGCCUUGGGGGAAUAAAGAGGCUUUAGAAGAGAAACUGAGGAACUUUAAGCUCGACAGUACUGAUGUUAAGUUUGUCAGGAUUCUGAUCGUUGGUGCAGUCGGAGCAGGAAAGUCCAGCUUUAUAAAUUCAGUCAAUAAUGCUUUCCUAGGCCGAAUCACCUCUGGGGCACUUGCUGGAACAUGUGGAACCAGUUUCACAAAAAAAUAUCAAACCCAUUAUGUCAAAGGGAAGGAUGGCUCCCGUUUGCCUUUUGUCUUAAAUGAUAUCAUGGGACUUGAGCAUUCAGAUGGUGCAGGCAUACAUGUAGAUGACAUUAUCUCAGCCAUAAAGGGGCUACUUGAGGAAGGAUACAACUUAAUCCUCUUCAUCCUGCAUCUGAGAAAGACUCCAAAAACAAUCCCAAGGUUUCUGAUCAAGCCUUCUGCCUGGUCAACGUUCUAGACACAAAUACAAUGUCAAUCGCGUACCAAAAGGUUAUUGAAAUUAUGAAACGG